AUGCAACCAUCGUCCGAUUUCCCGUGCUGCCCGCGUGCUCUUUUCCUGGAGAAGAAGAAGAUGAUGAGCCAUGGUCGAAACGAGGCGGGUCUCGGCGCCCUCAGCCAGUUUCGUCGGCCCGACGGUCUGCCGUCGCCUACGGAGGCGCCGCCGAACCUCCAUCAGCUGGAGGCUCCGCCUCGGGUCGAGCAGACGUGCUUCGCCCUCGGCGUCUAUCACCACGCCGCGGCCGGACCGCCACGUCGUCCGUUCUGCGUGCCACCUCCGCAGUCGCCGUCGCGAUCGACCGGGAGCGCUCGCGAUUACGAAGAUCAGCUACACCUCGCUGCCUCAAGUACGGUCCUUCUGGAGCGCUUGCAGCGGGGCAGCAAGGAAGGCCUAACAUCGGUGCUGGUCACGCUUGCGCUGUGCGUUUUCAUCGGACUCAUCGUGUCUGCCGUGCUCGCCACGAGCCGGCGGCUGGUCGCAGGAAAUGAUUCCGAUCCGGGCGCAACCGCGGCUGCCGCAGGCCUCAUGCUACAGGCGCCCGCGAUCGCGCCUCCUGUGGUCACCGGCAGCCAAAAGAAACGCGGUGCUAACAGCGGCACGGAUGGAACAGCGACGGAUGCGCGCGAGCGGGCUGUGGGCGCCGACGCGGACGCAGCACGACGCCGAAACGCGAGCGCGCAGGUGGCCUGGCUCGACAAGCUGGAGGAACGGGAAUGGACCGUGGACCUCAACUCCAGUCUAACCGAGGAGUCGGAGAUUCCAGCGACUGUUGGCCACAACGGGUCAACUGCCGGAUCCGUAGAGCGGCAGCUGCCGAGAUUACCCACGGCAUCCGCACGGGCGUAACGUCCACAACGCCAUGCAUAUGUUAUAGGACGCGGGUACAGCGGACGUCGUGCCCACAAGAUUGACAUCAGCCACUAAAGCAACAUCUGUUUAUUAGUGAAAAUACAUUUAUUUUGAAAUUGCG